GUCUUGUUUUUGUGUGUCUGUCUGUAGGGAUAUGGACCGACAUUUGGUCCGGUGCAGCUAUGCGUCCGUGAGUCUCCUGUGUCUCGGCGGCGCCUCUCGCUUUAUUAAAUCCAACCGGAGGCGGCUGACAGUCGGUCGGACGGACGGACAGACUGGCUGACGUGCGUCUGGACUGUGCUGGGAUGUGAUAAUGUGAGAAUUUGCGUUUUUGUUUUGUUUUGUUUUUUUUUUUAUUAAUUUCCGGCCGUAUAAACCGACAGUGGAUUCAAAGCGACAGCAGCAUGCAGUUGUUUUAAAGAGCGGUGCAGGCAAGGUGUCGCAGUUCAGACCAUCAUGCCCUUUGCUCUGGCAGCGGGACAGGAAGUGCGUGUGUGAGCGUCCCUGGUUGGCUCUGCUGGGAUGAACAUGCCACUGCACCAAAUCUCUGUCAUCCCCCGUGAUGUCACCUCAUCGCGGGUGUCAGGGAGUGGGAAAGCUAAGGACAAGGACAAGCAGAAUGAAAAGCCUCUGGGUCAUUCUGCAAGCAGGUCCAGCAAUAUAUCAAAGGCAGGGAGCCCGACUUCCGUCAAUGCUCCAUGCAGUUUCUCGAGGACGUCAGUUUCCCCCUCCAGCCAAGACAUCUGCAGGAUUUGUCACUGUGAAGGGGAUGAUGAGAGUCCUCUGAUCACACCAUGCCACUGCACAGGAAGCCUGCGCUUCGUCCACCAGGCCUGUCUACAGCAGUGGAUCAAGAGCUCCGACACUCGCUGCUGCGAGCUCUGUAAAUAUGAGUUCAUCAUGGAGACCAAGCUCAAACCACUGCGCAAGUGGGAGAAGCUACAGAUGACGCCAAGCGAGAGAAGGAAGAUCAUGUGUUCGGUCACCUUCCAUGUCAUCGCCAUCACUUGCGUGGUGUGGUCACUCUACGUUCUCAUCGACAGAACAGCAGAGGAAAUCAAACAAGCCGGAAGAAUCCCAGGGAUCUUGGAAUGGCCUUUCUGGACCAAGCUUGUGGUAGUGGCCAUCGGCUUUACAGGUGGACUGGUGUUCAUGUAUGUCCAGUGCAAAGUCUACAUCCAUCUAUGGAGGAGACUCAAGGCUUACAACCGGGUUAUAUACGUCCAAAACCGGCCAGACACGUGUAAAAAGCUGGCGCUGGAGAAGCCACCUCUCAUGGAGCCGAGUCUGGAGAACAAAGAGGCUCUGGCCCCCACCCAGUCGGACACAAACUCCUCCCAGUACACAGAGACAGAGGACUACAGUAUGGAGGUGCUCCAUGUCUGACCACUCAGUCGAUGCCAUUGGUUGUCCUACUCAGACCACAUACACAAACAGGCCCACAGUGACUGAGGAACGACCAGACACUCCCCGUCCUCGGAUCCAGGACUGACCCACUGUCCUCUUCUGGUCAUCUUAUGUUUCCAAAACUCCAUCCACAGAGACAGACGAACCAUGACUAUCUUCUUCUAUCCACAGCCCUCCUAUCAGACCUUCCUCCAUCCACCUGCACCCUCAGUCCACACUCUCGCCUCUUUCCUUUCACAGGACUGGAGUGUUUUUACUGACUUCUGUAAAUGUCUGAAGAGGCCUGGCGUAUACCACUCUACACACACACACACACACACACACACACACACACACACACACACACACACACACACACACACACUUGUAUGUACACCUCUGGGAGAGCAGGACUGAGACAAAUAGACUCAUAAACGGCUCUGGAGGUUUACACAUCUCUGAUGCGUGGUUUGUUUGCUUGUGGGUUUGUUAGAUUUGUUCAUUUUUACCUCCUGUGAGUCUCGGGCUAACCCUCUGUGGAUCAGUAUGUAGCGCCGCGCAUCGGAUCUCUGGAACAUUCCAGCCACUGCCAUCUUUGUUGCUGUGGUCUGUCAAGUCCACUCUGGUCUGGAUCCGACCAGGCCUUCAUCUGGACAUGCAUCGAAGCACUUUUGUUUUUUAGGUUCCUUCCUCUCUAGCUCCUAUUUUUUUUUUCUUUAUUAUGAAUUAACUCUUAUAUGUUGUACAUGGGAGAGAGCACAUUCAAACAAACUUGGAAAUAUUGGUUUCCUGUUUUAUUUGACAUUGCAUUUCUUUGUACGCACAUAUACUUAUAUAUAUGUAAACCCUCCCAUGGAUGACAAAAAAGGAAUUGAGGUUAAAAAAUGGAACCACGCUGAAAGAAACAAAUGUUUUAGUCAAAACACAAAAAUGGGUUUUGACUAUGACACGUCAGUCUCAUAGCUCUAUAGCAGAUCAUGGAAAUUCCAGCCACUUGACUUCUCUACCCCAACAUGAACUUUCUGAAGGCUUUGAGAAUGUAAACUUUUUUAAAAAUGAUUAAAAAAUAAAUAAAAUAUUAAAAAAACAACAACAACAACAACAACAUUUUUUUACUGGUCACAGGAAAUUGUGAGAUAAUUUCCAUGCCCUUAACGAGAGCCUUUGGGCAUAAACAACGUUGCUCAUGUUUUUCUAUCAUACAAAUGACACAGUAUUUACAGUGUGAUAAUCCAUGUGCAGUUUUCAAUAUGUUGAUUUGUUUGCUUAGUCGUGGGAUAUGCCUUGAGAAAUCUGCAGCUGCCUGUUUUCAGUCUGUCCUCCUGUCGCUCCCACAGUGUAGGCUGAUCCCAAAUAGAUAGUUUGGAUUAAAAAACAGGCAGACUUUUGACUGCUCAAAGUCAAAAAAGUCAAAAGUUUUCAGCUACUGUUCGUUCCGCAGGUCAGGACCCACACAUUUACAGUCCAGCUCUUCUGUUAUGUCAACACACUUCUCCCACGGAGUAAUAAGGUGCAAGAUCUGAUUUUUCAACAUGACAUUUAGGAUCAUUACCGAGCAUUUCGCAUGAGCAGAAAUCUCAGUUUCAGUGAAAGUGUCUUCUUUCCUGUUGCUGUAGUCUCUCACAUGGUGGAGGAUGUCUAUUUUGGUAUUAAUCACAAGACAACCAGCAUGUUCCUGCUCAUUUGAUUGAGUGGUUUUCUCAUGUCUGGCCUUAUGUGGUUCAAAUGAGGCAAGCUGUUCCAACACUUCUUUUUUUUUUUUUCAAACUUCUCAACAUAAGCACUGCUUUAUGCAUUAUUCCAGCAUUUUUUGUGUCAGUGUUUUCACCGUAGGUCAUUACAUUCAUCAACAAACAGGUUAUUUGUUUUGCAGUAAACUGCAACGUUAUGUCCAUAUGUUUGCUACCUAUGACAGCUUCAUAAUAAGCCUCAGCACUCCUUGUUGAGCCGACUGGAGGGCCACCUGCUGGUGUGAAGCUGAAGGUGCAGUCUGAGGAAGGCAGCAGCUGAUUUCUGAGGGCGUUGCGUUUUGGGGCUUACAGUCAUUGUAAGUGCUUUUGUGUAUGUGGGAGCACAGAGGUGCCAGGCUCAUGUUGAGCUUCACAGCCAUUCCAGCAACACACACAUUUAAAAAAAAAAAAAAAAAAAAAAAAAAAAAAGAACUGUCUUUGAUACCAGUACACUGUCUGUGAACAACGAUGGUCCAACUACAUA